GACGCCAGUCGGGCUCUUCCUCGCUUGAAACCAGGAUUAUCAUGUCGCCUGAAAAGGAACACGAAAAUGAGCCGGGCAAAGAGGAAGCGGAAGAAUGCACUGUGGGAGAGCGAGUUAUGAGCCUGAGGGUGAAGACUGUGCUGAAGAUUCUUCUAUCUUCCGUAGCGGGCCCGUUGAUUCUCUACGGUAUGUUUCUGACGCACCAACGUUACCAGACGCGCGCGACACAGCCGUCCGAGGUGAACGUCGGGGAGGAUCGACUGAGGUUCUGGGUGUACGCCAGGCGCAACGAUACCGGCUACCUGAAGCAUGUGCGCGCGGUAUUGUCGCGACUCGGUUUUCGCGAGAGCGACAACGAGCCCGGCUGGGACCUGCUGUGGGCCCACGACUAUCCGUUCCACAAGUUGUCCGCGAGUCUGCACAGGCUGCAGCAGCAUCAGCGUGUCAACCAUUUCCCCGGCUGCGGCUACGUCACGAACAAGGUGGAUCUGUCGAUAUCGGCCGGUCGUUACAUACCGGCCGCCUUCCGGAUGCCCGACGACCGGGAGAGAUUCCUCCGUUACGCGGACGCGAACCCCACUAAAAAGUUCGUGCAGAAGUUGAACGAUCACCGGGGUAUCCGCUUGGUCGACAGCCGCAACGCCAGUCUCACCGAUGGCAUCUUCGUGCAGGAGUUCGUCGAGCGACCGUACCUCGUAGACGGCUACAAGUUCGAUAUCGGCCUGUACAUCGUCGUAACGUCCGUCGACCCGCUGCGGCUCUACGUCUACAAGGGCGACGUGCUGUUCCGUUUCUGCCCGAUCGCGUAUCAUCCCUUCGAUGCCGAGGUAGUGACACUCAUGGCAGUCGUAAUGCAGAUUAAAAAAUGCGUUAAUUGUAAUUUAUCAAUAUUUAUUUAUCCUAUUCUACAAUAAUAAAUUAAUAUAUAUUAUUUAA